UAUCAUAUAUUCUCAGGUGCGAAUGACAUUGACAUUGUCGGUCUUACAAAAAAGUGAUAAAAUGAUAUGGUUUUAUCUGUUUGUCUUUUUCUUCACAUCCAAAGCGAGAUCAUUGACAAUACAUCAGGCUCUUCAAGAAUUUUCUCUGGGAAAUCACGAGUUCUCCGGUGACAUUUACGAGGUGUUGAUAAAAUCCAUUGACAACCUAGUAUUUAGCCCUCUCUCGGCCGAAAUAAUAUUAGGGUUGACAUCAGAAGGGACAAAGGGAAAAACUGAAAAGGAGCUGGUCAGAGCUUUAUACCUUCCUGGAAAAAAAAUAACAGAAGCCGCUGUUAGUCAAUUGCGACUGAAUGUUUCUUCAGAAUCACUGACAUUAUUAUCAGCAAACAGAAUUUUCAUUGGAGAACACUUCAAAAUCGAAACGUCUUUCAAAAAUUUAGCAGAAGAUGUCUACAAAUCAGAUGUUGUGAAUGUUGAUUUUUCUAAUAGUCAAUAUGCUACAGACUUAAUAAACAACUGGGUUGCAGAGUCUACCAAUAAUCGAAUACAAAAUUUGAUCGAUCCUAAAUCAAUUUCUUCGAGCACUAGAAUAGUACUGGUGAAUGCACUCUAUCUCAGUGCCAAAUGGUCCCAUCCGUUCAGUUCGAGGAACACACGUAAAGAAACAUUCCAUAUUACAUCAAAUUCAAGUAAAAUAGUUGAUAUGAUGCACUCAAGCUCCUCUGGCACGCAAUGCAAAUUUUUGCACUCAGUGCUGCUCAGAGCAAAAUUUUUGGAAAUGAGUUAUCGCGAUAGCAACAUCACAAUGACAUUCAUUUUACCAGAUGCAAUAGAUGGCUUAGCAGAAAUUGAGAGGAAUCCAAAAGAUUAUCUGAGGCAACAGGAUUUGAUUUCGGAAAAGGUGGAUAUUGCUUUACCCAAAUUCACAAUCACUACAAGUAUUGAUUUCAAAAAGUUGCUGAUCGAGUUGGGUGUUCAUGACCUUUUCGAAAGUACAGCAAACCUGUCAGGCAUCUCCAAAGGGGAAAGAUUGCUUGUUGACACCAUAGUUCAGAAAGCGUUCAUAAAUGUUACUGAGAGUGGUACAGAAGCAGCAGCCGCCACUGCAGUUAUUGGAGGACUAACAGCAGUUUUCAAUCCAUCACGGCCGAUAUUUACUUUUAAAGCAGAUCACCCAUUUAUGUACUACAUCCGAGAAACUGAUUCUGGAGUAAUUUUAUUCGCAGGAAGAUUUACUAAUUGAUAAAUGUAAAAAUAAAAUUAUUUCACAUCUUUCAAACCAAUCAAUCAAAAUCUUUCUCUGAUAAAAAAAAUCACAGGAUUAUAGUUAUUCAUUUUGAAGGCGAAACAAUAUUUCCCACGAGUCAUUGUGAAUCGCUAACUUUUACAGUUACGUAAAAGAAUCUACAAUUAAUAAAGGAAGCAACUGAU